CGUCACGAGAUGCCCUUGGCCCCGCCCCCUUUCUCCACUUCCUGCGUGGGUGGGGGAAGCGCCUGGUUGGGGGGCCGGCGUAUGCGCGCGCCGCGCGGGAGCGAUGGCGGUGCCCGCGCUGCCCACCCCGCGGUACGACCACGUGGGGCCGCACGGGCCGUUCCGGGAGGUGUACAAGCCGGCCGAGGACACCUUCCUGCUGCUGGAUGCUCUGGAGCAGGACGCGGCCCAGCUCCAAGAAGCUCGAGUUGAGAUCUGCCUUGAAAUAGGAUCUGGCUCUGGUGUGGUUUCAACAUUUGUGGCUUCCAUUAUUGGAUCCAGUGCACUCUACAUAUGUACAGAUGUCAACCCUAUGGCAGCUUACUGUACACUGGAGACAGCUCUGCUGAACAAUGUUCACCUUCAGCCAAUAAUUACUGACUUGGUCAAAGGAUUGUCACCAAGAUUAAAUGGGAAGGUUGAUCUCCUGCUGUUUAAUCCACCAUAUGUGGUAACACCUUCUGAAGAGGUGGAAAGUCAUGGAAUAGAGGCAUCCUGGGCUGGUGGCAAAAAUGGCAGAGAAGUAAUGGACAGGAUUUUUCCAUUAGUAGCAGACCUACUUUCAACAGCUGGAUUAUUCUACUUGGUCACAAUUAAAGAAAAUAAUCCAGAUGAAAUUCUGGAAACAAUGAAGAAACAUGGCUUAGAAGGCACAAGAGUACUUUCCAGGCAAGCGGGAAGAGAGAUGCUUACUAUUCUCAAAUUCAGGAAGUCUUGCUGUUCUUAAUCUUCUAUGUAUUGGGUAUGCAAAAAGCUGAACAUUGUCAAACCAAUUUUUUAAGCGAGAAUUUUCACACUAAAUUGUACCCUCACUUCCCAGCUACUGAUCAGUCAAACUGAUUAUAGACUUAGUAUUGUAUUGUAUUUUUAUUUUGGAUGUCAGCCAGCUUUUAUCUACUGUCAGAGUACAAUUGUCCUCUGGCCAUCCAUACAACAGUUGUGGGUGGAACUGAAGUAUCUUCUCAAGGAGCAGUUUGGCAUUUGCACUUCAGUACUAAAGACUUUUUUUCUAUAAACAAAGUAUUUGUAUAUUUGUCUUUGUGGUUUAUUAAAAUAAUGUAUUUGUUAUA